AUGGCGCAGUUCAUGUUCGAGAGUGACCUGCACUCUCUGCUGCAGCUGGACACCCCCAUCGCCAAUGUGCCCCUCUCACGCUGGCUGCGCAAAGCUAAGGAACCCUCGGGGCCCCCCUCACCCAUGCAGGCAGCCAAUCGGUCCCACGCCCCCGGCAGGACCCUGGGCCGCACUCCGGGCAAAUCUGGCUCCAAGAUUCAGACCAUCCCCUGGCGGGGACGCUCUAUCCCCCAUCGCAGUGCGGCCCAGAUGGAGGUGGCCAGCUUCCUCCUGAGUAAGGAGAACCGUUCGGAAAACAGCCAGACGCCCACCAAGAAGGAGCAUCAGAAAGCCUGGGCUUUGAACCGGAACGGUUUUGACGUGGAGGAAGCCAGGAUCCUUCGGCUCAGCGGGAAACCACAAAAAGUUCCAGAGGGUUACGAGAACAGACUGAAAGUCCUCUACAGCCAGAAGGCCAUGCCUGGCUCCAGCAAGAGGACCUGCCAUUACAUCCCUUCCCUGCCGGACCAGAUCCUGGAUGCCCCUGAAAUCCGCAAUGACUAUUACCUGAACCGGGUGGAUUGGAGCUCGGGGAAUGUGCUGGCCGUGGCUCUGGACCACAGUGUGUACUUGUGGAGCACCAGCACUGGCGAUGCCCUGCAGCUGCUGCAGAUGGAGCAGCCUGGAAAUGUUUCUUCUGUGUCCUGGAUCAAAGAGGGCAGCUACCUGGCUGUGGGCACCAGCAGCGCUGAGGUUCAGCUAUGGGAUGUGCAGAAGCGGCCUCGGAACAUGACCAGUCAUUCUGCCCGAGUGGGCUCCCUGUGUUGGAAUAGCUACAUACUGUCCAGUGGCUCACGCUCUGGUCACGUCCAUCACCAUGAUGUUCGGGUAGCACCACACCAUGUGGCCACACUGAGUGCUCACAGCCAGGAAGCGUGUGGGCUGCGCUGGACCCCAGGUGGACGACAUUUGGCCAGUGGCGGCAAUGGUAACUUGGUCAAUGUGUGGCCUCGUGCUGCUUUAGAGGCGGGCUGGGUUCCCCCGCAGACAUUCACCCGGCAUCAAGGGGCUGCAGCUUGGUGUCCCUGGCAGUCCAAUAGACUGGCAACUGGAGGGGACACCAGUGAUGGGCACAUUCGCAUCUGGAGCGUCUGCUAUGGGGCCUGUCUGAAGGCUGUGGCUGCCCACUCCCAGGUGUCGACUCAUAACAGUGAGGGGGCUUGGAAGCCACCUGCUCACCCCUCUGAGCUCCGCUAUCUGGAGGGGGAUGAGAAGAGGGUGGUCGUGUGGAUCAUCAUCGCCGGUGUACUGCCCAUGUUCCCUUUGCCAGGAAUUAUGCUGAGCGCGUUAUUACACCAACCAGAGACCUCACACAGCCCAGACCAGUGGGAAGGCCUGGCCCGGACGUCAGGAGACUGGGCUCCAGGCAUCUCAGGAGACCGAGGAGCAGACACGGGCACUGCCCAUUGGCUCAUCCGGAGCCUGGGCUCCCCGGGGGAGGAGUAG